AUGGCUUCCACAAUGCUCUUCUCCUUCUUCUUCUUCCAGCUAGUCCUACUACUACUCAUCAGCCUCCCUCCACCAUCUUCCGCCGCCGCUUUAGCUCCGAAGAACUCGGAACUCUUCAGAGAAUACAUCGGCGCAGAGUUCAAUGGCAUCAAAUUCUCCGACGUCCCCAUUAACCCCUCCGUUGACUUCCACUUCAUCCUCUCCUUCGCCAUUGACUACACCACCGACGGCGGCUCCUCGACCAACGGUCACUUCAACGUCUUCUGGGACUCCAACAACCUCACGCCGGACGAAGUCAGGGCCAUCAAAACCCGCCACAGCAACGUCAAAGUCGCCGUCAGCCUCGGCGGCGGCUCCGUCGGCAAUGGCAGCCCUGUCUACUUCAACCCAUCCUCCGUCGACUCUUGGGUCAACAAUGCCGUCACUUCUCUCACCGCCAUCAUCCAACGCUACCAUUUAGACGGCGUCGACAUUGACUACGAGCAGUUCAGUGCAGACUCUGAAACCUUCGCCGACUGCAUUGGAAAGCUGAUUACGACUCUGAAGAACAACGGCGUCAUAUCUUUUGCUUCCAUUGCUCCUUUUGCAGAAGAAGAUGUUCAGAAACAUUAUAUUUCGCUUUGGAAGAAGUAUGGGGAGUAUAUAGAUUACGUGAAUUUUCAGUUCUACGCGUAUGAUUCGAGCACCACAGUUUCUCAAUUUCUGAGUUAUUUUGAGACUCAGAGAGGGAAUUAUGAAGGAGGGAGAGUGCUUGUGAGCUUUGGGACUGAUCCGCUCAGUGGAGGAUUGAAGCCAGAUAAGGGAUUCUUUACUGCGUGUAAGAGUUUAAAGAAGCAGGGAAAGUUGCAGGGUAUUUUUGUAUGGUCUGCUGAUGAUUCAAAGAGUAAUGGUUUCAAAUAUGAGAAGACAUCUCAAUAUAUGCUUACAGAUACCUCUCCUUGA